CCUUGACGCCUCAUCACCGGCGCAUUCGAUCCGAUCAUCGCACCCGAUUCUCGGUACAUCGCACUCUCUCCAGACCCAUCAUCGAACACCGCAACCAUGAGUGAUGACGACGAUUUCAUGCAGGCCUCUGACGAGGAGAACUACGAUUUCGAGUACGAAGACGACGACGAUGCGGAUCAAGGCGGUGAUGUCGAUGUGGAGAACAAAUACUACAAUGCCAAACAACUCAAGGCAGACAGUCCGGAGGAGGCGAUUGAUGAGUUCUUGGGAGUGCCAGCGUUGGAAGAGGAGAAAGGAGACUGGGGAUUCAAGGGAUUGAAGCAGGCCAUCAAGCUCGAGUUCAAGCUGGGUCGAUAUGAGAAGGCCGUCGAACACUACACAGAGCUUCUCACAUACGUCAAAUCCGCCGUCACGCGAAACUACUCGGAGAAGUCGAUCAACAACAUGCUGGACUUCAUCGAGAAGAACGCCGAGGAUGAGGCCGCGAAUCGCUGCAUGGAACAAUUCUACUCUCAAACGCUCGACUCCUUCCAAGCCACCAACAACGAGCGAUUAUGGCUCUCCACCAACACCAAGCUUGCCCGGUUAUGGCUUGCCCAGAAAGACUACGAGCGGUUGACAGGAAAGGUUCGCGAGCUACACAAGGCAUGCCAGCGCGAGGAUGGCAGCGAUGAUCCGAGCAAGGGCACAUACUCGAUGGAGGCGUACGCCUUGGAGAUCCAGAUGUAUGCGGAGACGAGGAAUAACAAGAGGUUGAAGGGACUCUAUCAACGCGCCCUCAAAGUUAGGUCGGCGGUGCCUCAUCCCAAGAUCAUGGGAAUCAUCCGCGAGUGUGGUGGCAAGAUGCACAUGAGCGAAGAGAAUUGGAAGAGCGCACAGAGCGACUUCUUCGAAUCAUUUCGCAACUACGACGAGGCUGGAUCGUUACAACGCAUUCAAGUGUUGAAGUACCUCGUGCUUACGACCAUGCUCAUGGGGUCCGACAUCAACCCAUUCGACUCACAAGAAACCAAGCCAUACAAAAAUGACCCGCGCAUCGCCGCCAUGACAGAGCUCGUCGACGCGUACCAACGAGACGACAUCCACCAAUAUGAGACAGUCCUCCAGAAGAACAAGGACCUCCUUGCCGAUCCCUUCAUCGCAGAAAACAUUGACGAAGUGACGCGCAACAUGCGCACAAAGGCGGUCGUCAAACUCGUAGCACCCUACACCCGCUUCCGGCUCGACUUCAUAGCCAAGCGGCUAAAGAUCUCCAUCCCGGAAGUCCAGGACAUCGUCGGGUUCCUCAUCAUGGACGACAAACUGCAUGGCAAGAUCAACCAGGAAGCCGGGACGGUCGAGAUCGAGAGCCGCGGCGAUCUGGAACGCAUGCACGCCGUGGCGAAUUGGACGACGGCGAUUCGUUCGCUGGCGUCCUUUGUGCUCAACGACUCCGAAGGCUUCAGAUCCGACGACGCCGGCGGUGCGGGCGCCAUGCCGGCUCUACCUUCUGGCCCAGGCCCGAAUCUCUUCGACGGCAUGAUGGCGCCUGGACGCGCGGGCGGGAAGCGCAAGGCGAACCGAGGGGCGGGGAAGUGA